GUCAUUGAGUGCUAGAGACACGUUCCACUGUUUCUUGUAAUACAAGUCAGCAUGUUACAACUGGAGAAUGCAAAGGUGGAGCAAUCUGGUGGAGGUGACAAGAUCACUUUGGUGCUACUGGGAAAGAACAGCAAUAAGUCUAUGAUAGGCAAUGCCAUACUAAAAGUAAACCGUUUCAUAGCUGGAAACGACACGUGUACAAGAGCUGAAGAAAGAGUAGAUAAUCAGAUGGUCUGUAUCAUCAACACUCCAGACCUCUUCCAUAGAUCGCACUCAGAUCGAGAAACUGACCAUAUAGAGGAGAUAAAAACCCUAUAUCCAGGGCCACAUGCUUUUCUUCUGGUACUGCAGAACAAACAGCUCUCACACGAAGAGAUGGAGAUGUUCAGUCAGCUGAAAGUGAGAUUUGGAGAGAAAAUGGUGGAAAAUACAAUUGUAGUGCUAGCUGACAGUCAGGAGAAAAUGUCUGGAGAACUAUAUGAUCAAGCGGAUGAGAAUCUCAAAAAACUACUAGACGAGUGUGGACAGAGAAUUUGUGUUCAUGACAAGAAAAAAGAUAAUGAGCUGACCAUACAGGUAGUGAAAGAAUGGAAAAGAAUACAUGAAAAGCAGGUUAAAGAAUUAAGCAACUCCGCACCUGCUGAGAGGAUAUAUGAGGAGAUUGAUGUAUCAUAUGUAGAAAUGAAGCAAAUAAAAGAAGCGUCAUGGGUGUCUGAAAACAGCAAAG